AUGUUUCCCUCUUCAUCCUCCCUUCCAUCAGAAAAGAACUCUGAGAUUGAAGCAGAUUUCAAAAUGCAUCCUCCUAAUCUCUUACUGGAUAGUUAUAACUGUCCUGUCUUUUUGCGAAGCUGCAAUACGUACAGAGAGCACCUCCUCAAGACCGAGGCCCUGGAGCUGAAGCUCCCACCGUACAUGAUCAACUCUACUGGUCAAAUCGUUGUGUGCCAUGGCAAGGUCUUUCAUCAUUGUGUACCGAGCUGUGGACAUGCCCCUACCUCUACAAUCGCCAGUCUUUACCAAUACACUAUGAGACAUGGUCUUCAGGUCGCAACGAAUGGCUCAGGACAAUUGACACAGGUCCAGGAAGAUGCGGCUAUUCAGUGGUACAACUCCACGCAGGAGGCUGAAGAGGACGACCAUGAUGAGGACGACAAUGAGGAUGACGAGGAGCCCAAUUAUGAGGACGAUGAUGAUGAGGACUAUGAAGACAAUGACGAGGAGGACGAUGAGGACUAUGAUUAG